UACUUUUACAAUCAUUCCAGCGACGCAACUACGCCGUCAUCCUGUGGCCGUGUUAUUAACUUUUUAAAUGUUAAAAUGUUCAUUGCCAGCAUCGGCUCGAGUCCGACGGCUCGAGGUGUGGCUAUCAGUAUUUCGCUUGACGUAGUAUAAUCGCGCUAAGUUGUAGAUACACCUACUGAUGAAACCAUUGACGGUACCCGGCGGGAUACUCAUGCAUUAAUCGAUUAAUUCGCUCCUCUAUCUAUCGGUUGUUGAUUGAUUCUGUUAAAGUAUAGACGUAUGCCUGUUAAGUUCCAACUUCCCCGUUAUGAACCGUGUUUAUAGACCCCAUAUGCAGCAUGCAGCGAUGCAUCGCAUUAGCACUAGGUGAUGCUUUACACGCAUAUAUCUUAGCCGUACUUACUCCUUCUGUCCGGUACUGCCAGUUUCGCAACGAGCCAAACUUCUCAACAUCGGACACAACCCGUUGCAUGCUAGAUUGCGCGUCUCUCGAUGGUUCCAUUGCAGCUUUGUUGUUCUCAAUCUUGGUGCCACUUCCUGGCACGGAUAUGGUGUUGAUUCUUAUGAUUGUACGAGAUUGUAAUUAUACUAUAUACACAUAUAUAAAAACACAAGAGUCAAUCCGGCUGAGGAGAAUGGGGAGAAAUAGUUGGAAGCCGAAUCUUCACCGCACACCUACCCGAUGGUCGAAGGAUUCAAAUCAGGCUAAACCAGAUUCCGAUGAUCGAUUGAUGAUCAGUUCACCGCAAUAGCGCAUAACACAGACUGUGUAAACGUAACAAUUGUAAUUUAAUUUAGUUAAAACUCCGUUUUAUGAGUUGGCAUUAGGUUGUUAGCAGUUAGCAGACACAGGAACUAAAGCUUUAGUUAAUGAUUGUAUGAAUGAUCAGUUUUUUGUAAGGAGCUAGAGAACGUUAUUCCUUGGUUUAGCUUGCGAUUCCUCAUACGUUGGAGGUAAGUUUAUGUUGGAUCAAAAGGUUAAAUUCAAAUCAUAACAUAGCAAAGGAAAAGAAUGGUCUAUAUAUAUAGUUAUAAAUACCUAUGCAUAUAUAUACAUAUGUGAAAGACAUAAAUAAUUAGAUAUAAUUACGUGCCCCCUAUACAUUACAUAGCACUUACUCUCCAAAGCAUGGGUUCCCUAUGCAAUCGCUAAUUCCUUCUGCUCCACCCCGAAAAAUCUCUCUGUAUAACAAACCAACAAGAGCAAAACAAAAAAAAACACAUGGUUAUUUCUUCUGAAAGUGUUAUUUAUAUUAUGCUAUUGCAAGAGUUAAAUCAAUUUAGUGUAGUAGAGUCAUAGCAUAGCCGGACAGUGGCAAUGGCGCCCGUGUUGAGGAUUGGAAACACUAGAUCGACAAGGUAGGCCUAGCGAUCGCCAAAAUCUCACUUUCCCCGUACCGCUGCCAUCGCAGUAACCGACGGUGAGUUGUGCUUGCUUGUUGGUCUGUCCUGUUGGUGGACGCUAUUCCCCUUGCUUCUAUUCCGUUUGUGUAAAUUGUGCUAGUUGCUACUGGAGCUGGCAGGAGAUCAUCAUGCACUCACACUGAACACUGGAACUGAACUGAGCCGCCCGGAUUUCCAUUAUUCCCCCCUUUGCACUGGCUCCUCAUAUCAUCUCUCCUGUUCAUCUGUUUGUUGUACAGUUUCUAACUAACCCCCGAAUUACACCAUGUAGGCCAUGGCUAUCGUUCCCAGUGCAGUCCGUAAUACCGACCGCAAAUGCUCGAUGUUUUCACUGCUGUCCCAAAAGCUGCACAAGCUCCCUCCUCCAUUGUCAGACACAGUACAGAGCGGUCGAAAAAAGAGAGAGAGAGACGUUCACUUUUGCUCGCUUCCAGUUCAAGGUGCACCAUGAAAUGUAUAAACUUAAAAUGAAAUAAUGUGAACGUUUUCUCUCACUUCUCUCAUAUAACUGCGUGUGCUUGUGUGUCUUUCUGGGAAGGUUUUGAUUCGUAACAUGGUGUAUCGAUGUUACAAUACUCCAUGGCAUCCUGCUGCAGGCUCGAGUGAAAUCCAGAAACUCAACCAAAACGUGUAACUAUAUAGAUACCACAAGCAUUAUGAUGGGACAGAUUCCUUUCACCAUUCGCUAAGAAUGCAUAGCAACUCCGUAUUUAAAAACGAUACAAACGAAAACAAAGAUAAUGUAACUUGUUAGUAACACGCGCGAACCUAAGCACGCACUAGCCUGAUGCUCGUUGCUGCUGGAAGUUAACGCGAACGCAAAGGACACAGCAUAAAGCUGACAAAGCCACUCAUCAAUGAAAACUGCUACAAUAAGAUAGAAACGUGACAAGCAAAUGAUCAGAAACAGGUACACCGGUAAAGAAUACAAAAGCAACAUUACUAUCAUUAAUAAGUUUAUCGAUCAAUCAAUCCACACCCAUCACCGUGUAUGUACGUAUGUAUUGAAUGUGAAAAAAGUGUAUGUUGCGGGCAGAGUUACAAUGCGGAACGGUACUGGCUACAAGGCAGCAUCAUUUAUCGUCUAAUCAUACUCGUUUCAUGCUCGCACCAGCUAGCACCAGCAGAAGCUGAGUAACAAGAAUAUGGACGACGACGCGCAAGCAAAAGAGAGAGUCGGAAGUACAGGAUGCCAUGCAAAAAGCCAUCCGUAGCUACCACCAUUGGCAAUCAUGCUGCUCAGCUGCUGUGGCAAUAACAUGCGAGAGCGUGAGAAUUACCAUAGAGACCGCCCUCACCACCACCUACCACAGCAGGCGAAACGCGCGAGUGUGCAUCAUAGGGAUAAGGGAAGGAGAAAGCGCAUCGUCGACGGCUGCUGCUGGUCUAUCAACCCUGCGCUACUCUAGGGCUGUAUGGGACGGGUGCGGGGAGGAGCACAAGAGAGGAGCAGCAGGAAAAUGCAAGCAUUAAUAAAUCCAACCCAAAAA